AUGAAUACUAGCGGCUCUGCCUACACCAACCUCGAGUCGCUGCUGCUGUUCCAAUGUCUGCGCGCCUAUGGCGUGGGCAACAAUGUCUUCGGCCGCAUCUCGGACCUGCUCAAGAAGAACCCCGACGUGACGGGCAACAAAUACUUCCAGAGCGGCCGUCUGAGUCCCGAUGCCCUGCGCAACUUCUACCUAGAGCGCCUGAGGCGCGAGCUUGAGCACGAGCAGGGCGACAGCAGCGACGACGCCAACGCCGAUGGCGCAAAUCCACGGAAGCGCAAAAAGGCCAGUCCCGCGCUGCCCACGGUCCAGGAAUCGCUGCAGCACCAGCACCUCAUCCCCAAGCUGGUCAACAAGCUGUACGCCUCGUACCGCCACGAAGUUGUCGAGCAGAUCCGCGCCGAGGAGGACCGCUAUGAGAAGCUGCAGCGCGAACUGAAGAGCAUCGAGCGUGGAGAGUGGGACGACCAGCUGCGGGAGCGUGCCAACGGAAGGACACCUGCACCGCGAAGCCCUACGCUGCCGAGGAAGUCGCCUCAUCUCGCUCAGAAGCCUCUGCAGCCCGCCAGUCCCCAGGCAGCGCCGAAUGGAGCACCCACCCCAGAUGCACAACCAGCCGUGGACCCUGCGAGAGCAGCCCAAAACUCCACCUCGCCGCGGAGGAAGCAGGCUGCUUUGGAACAGCGACCGACGACGACGACACCACAGCCAGCUGCAUCGGCGUCUCCACAGCCAAACCUCGCUCAGCCGCUCGCACCACCACCGCCGCGAUUCCAGCCAUCCCCGCACCCGCCCUACAACGGACCCGCAUACCAGAACCAGCCCUACCCGCCAGGACAGCAGCCUCAGGCACCGCCCAACGUCCCGCUUCAACCUGGCCAACACCCAAGUUCCCCAGCCGUUGGACUUCAGCCUCAUCCUUACGGAACCAAUGGCCCACCGCACCUGCGGGCACUCAAGGCCCGUACCAGCAGCAACGACUACAGUACCCACCCGCACAACCCCACCACCCUCUCCAUGCGUCACAGUAUGCCCAGCCGCCUCCGCAAGCUGGCUUCAUGCUACCGCCGUUCCAAGUGUCCCCGCAAGACCCGUCGCGUGUGCAUCCUCAGUCGGCCUCAACGCCAAACUACCCUCAAGUGUCCACGCCUGUUAGCAAUCGACAACUCCCGCCGUCUGGAAGGGGCGGGUGUGCAGACUCCUGGCAAUGGCAGGCAGGGCAUUCCACCCAUGCACCCACUUGUCACUCAGGCCAGGCAUUCUCUCUCUACACCGAUCAACUCGCGCUCUCCAAUCAGUGCCAUGGGCACUCCAGUGUCCGCCAAGAGUGUGUGGAAAAGGUCGAUGAGCUUUGCCGGAACACCUGCCGCCAGCCCGCGUCCGGUCCCCGAGCCAAUCGACGACUUUGUUCCGCUCGAGACCCCGCGACAAAGCCCAGCAAAGCCCAAGUCGCAGCGUAAACCGCGAGCAAAAGGCAAGGGCAAAGAGAAAGAUUCAGAGCAAGCGCCUGCGGACGAUGCCGCGCCGGAGACGGAGUCCCAGCCGGAUGACACUGUGGUUGAAGUCGAAACUCGAUCAGGUCGAUCACGGCGCAAAGCACCUCCAAAACGCGCAAGGCCGGGAAGUCUGGCUUCCUCUCGAGCAGGAGGCUCUGUGCGCGAUCGUAGCCGCAGUCAGUCUAUCUUGUCACACACCGAGACUGUUGCAGCCGACAACGAGUCACAGGCCGGCAACCGCAUCAAGUCUGAGCGUGCAACAUCUAUAGACGCCAUCGACGAAGAAUCUGUGGAUACCCCAUCUCAGAUGACCACGCGCAGGCGAGGCGCAGCAACACGGCGAAAGCGCAAUGCGCGAGAAGCAUCUCUUGAGGAGCCCGAAGACCACUUCAGCACCCCCGGCCCACCACGCACCAUUAUCGCACCUCGCUACUUCGCCCGCACCUGCGCUCCCAUCAUGAACGACAUCCAGUCCCACAAGCACGCCUCGACCUUCUCCGCCGCCGUCCGCGCCAAAGACGCAGAAGGCUACUACGACAUCAUCAAGCGCCCGACCGAUCUCAAAACCAUCCAAAAAGCCAUCGCCAGCGGCGCAAAACAAGUCGCAUCUGCAGCGUCCGAUACGCCCGCCGGUAGUCCUGGCGGCGGGGGCGGUGUCGUCGAACUCCCCGUUAUUCCUGACAACAUCCCGCCCAAGUCGAUUGUCAACGCCGCCCAGCUAGAGAAGGAACUCAUGCGCAUGUUUGUCAAUGCUGUCAUGUUCAACCCGGGCGAAGAUGGCGUUGUGGAGGAUGCGCGGGAGAUGUUUGAGACGGUGCAGCGGAGCGUGAGUACUUGGCGUAAUGUGGAGAGGAGUUCUGGCAGGACGGAGGUCGAGGACACGCCGACUGUGGAGGAGGACGAGGCGCCGAGUGGGAAGAGGAGGAAGGUGUAG